AUGGAUCCUGUCUCUGUUCUUUCUGAAGUAGAGCUUCAGGCAGAAUUAGAUAUCUUUGCUAAUGCUCAAUUCAAUUUUGACAUAAAGAAAGAAAAGAAAAAAUCACAAUAUCAACCCAAUAUGCAUUCUCUUUUAAAUGUCAAGUUGGCUUCUCUUGCAGAGAACAAUGAUCACACAGCCAUGUCGCCUGUAGAUGCUAUUGCUAAGUUUUAUGAUGAAUCACCCGACUGUACACCUCCUAAUGGUUAUUAUUCACCUAAUCCUUCUCCACCUAAUGGAUUUUAUUCACCUAAUCCAACACCUCCUAAUGGUAUUCAUCUCUCUGUCAGUCCAUCGACCCAUGCAUUUCAAGAUAUUCUUAAUCCACCAAUUGUGUUUUAUGACAAGAACACACCAUUGUCCAAAGAAGACAAGAAACCCAGCCAAAGCGCACCAUUGUCUAAAGAAGACAAACGUCGUCGAAACACAGCUGCCAGUGCUCGUUUCAGAGUUAAGAAAAAACUACGUGAACAGGCACUUCAGCAGACAGCAGAUGAAAUGACCCAAAAGGCAAAAGCCUUUGAGACGCGAGUUCAUGAACUCGAACAAGAAGUCAAGUGGCUUAAAGCAUUGAUUGUCGAGAAAAAAGAUGGGCGACUUGAACAGCUCCUGAUGCAACAAUUGACCCCUUCUUUUUAUUAA